AUGACGAUGCCGACAACAUCCAAGCCUCAAGGACGGCUCCUUUCCUAUGGCACACUUCUUGGUGCCCAGCUCUAUCAGACCUUUGUGGGCGGUAUCAUCGCAUACAGAACACUUCCCCGCCCUCAAUUCUCCACCCUCCAAGCGUCAAUGAUUCCCGUUUACUUCACUCUACAAGCGUCACUACCAGUGGUCGUUGCUUUAACAUACCCGGGAGAAAGGACAUUCGGGGGGCGCGGCGUAUCUGGGCUAUCCGGAGUAUUGGCUGAAGGCAACCGGACGACAGCGUUAUAUCCACUUCUUACAAUGUUCCUAGCUGGCCUGACAAACAGGUUGGUCCUGGGCCCAAUGACUGCUAAGGUCAUGCGCCAGAGGAGACAUCAGGAGACGAUCGAUGGAAAGAAGUGCUAUGAUCCCGCUCCUCACUCCAAGGAGAUGCUUCGUCUGAACAAAACCUUUGCCAAGGUUCAUGGGGUCUGCUCCUUGGUUAGCCUUUUGAGCAUUAGCUCAGCAGUAUACUAUGGAGUGGUGCUCGCAAAUCGGCUUGAAUAA